GUUUGUCCAAACAGGAGUACAUUCUUGUGAGCAAGAAGUUAACAUGGAGAAACACUGGUCUGCAGUCUGUGCACUGAUUUUAACACUCGGUGCAUUUGUGCACUUUAACAUUUCUGCUGCAGAGGCCGAUAGCAAUUUAACAGUGAUCCUUCCGAAACCAGGCCACUGCCCGCGUCUCCUUAAUGUUGUCCCAUCCCAUAAGGGCUGUGUGUGUGAUGACGACUGUCCUGCAGACCACAAAUGCUGUGUCUUUGACUGUGGAGCUGUCUGUGUCCCUCCUGCUUUCACCAAGCCGGGAGUGUGUCCUCGCAGGCGCUGGGGCUCCGGGCUGUGUGCUGAAUUCUGCUCUAAUGACAGCGACUGCCCCAAUGAGGAGAAGUGCUGCCACAAUGGAUGUGGACAUGAGUGCAUUGCACCGUACACAGUGAAGCCGGGCCGCUGCGCCCUGCCCCAGGGAACCCCCAUGUGUGCUGAGUACUGCUAUCACGACGGUCAGUGUCCAGGAGAGCAGAAGUGCUGCAAGACGACCUGCGGCCACGCCUGCAGUGAGCCCUGCUGAUUGGACGGCCGGCAAGUCUGGCUGCAACACCGGAAAUGUACUGAGCGACUUUCUCCACCUUCUCAACUGCACAGUAGCACACUUUGGUCCAACAUGUGAGCGCUUGUUUAAUGGGGAAAGUAAAUUGCUCUUCUUAACAUAGGCCAUUUCAUGUGCCUGUACUUCAAGCACACACAGAAAUCAGCAUAUUUUUGUGAAUAUCUUUUUGAUGAAGUUUUCUAACCUACAUUUUAAAAGCAAGAAUUGCAGAAUAACCUGCUGUUAUGUUGCUAUGAUGCAGUCAGGAAAAUAGCUGGUAGAGUGAAAUUCAAAGUCUUCAAAAGACCUGCAGUUUGUGUUUGAACUUGAUGAGUUUAUAACUUAGUAAUACUGUAUAUUCUAGUAUAUUCUAAAUGGAUAAAAAUGUAUAGUGCUGAUGUAUCUGUUGCUUGUAUAGUUUGAGGUCAUGGAGCCAUUUUCAUUUCUUCAUAUCUGAACCAAUAAACAUGUUUGGAGAA